ACUGCUUGCGUCAUCGCAUGUUUUGGCGCGUGGGAGAGAAUUUUGAAACUUGUUUGCGGUGCGAGCGCAGAAAAAAAGCGGAGAGUAGCAAGUUAGCACUUCAGCUUUAUUUUACAGCUAAACAGCGUUCACAUGUCGUUAAUAACUUACUAAAAGCGCAUUAUGAAUGGAUAAUAACGACACGUGCUUGUCAGAAUGAGAGGUUUGUCAGAAGAAUGAUGUUGUUGACAAACAGCUGAAGUCCGCGGCGCUAGCUAGCUAACGGUAACUGCUUACAGCGUUUUCUCCCGGUGUCGCGAUCCAUGGCUGUGGGUGAGGAAACCAAACCCGUGGGGACUCCACUCCCUCUCCCUGUCCACUUCUCCCAUGCCGAGCAGUCCUUCUCCCUGAAGAAGCGCCGUCUCCCGUUCUCCUCGUCCUCUCGCUCCUCCUCGUCCGUCUCUCCCUCUCGACCCCUCUCUCACCUGCUCCCUCCUCGGCCUCCGUCCAAAGGCUGUCCCCCCCUGAGCCGAGUCUUUCCCCAGCGCCGGUCCCGCUGGGCGCCGCUGUCUCGGGCUCUCAUCGAAAGCCCACCACCCGUUUCCGUCUACGACCCGGGCAAGCCGCAGUCCUUCUUCAGCCAGUGCUUCAUCAACCUCGGCCUCAUCGGGCACGGCUCGUUCGGAGAGGUUUACAAGGUCCGUAGCGUCAUAGAUGGGCGUGAGUACGCGGUGAAGCGCUCAGCCCAGCGUUUCCGCGGUGAUAAUGAGCGAGCACGCUGCGUCCGGGAGGCUCUGAAUCACGAGCGUCUCCAUCCUCAUCCUCACGUGCUGGGCUUCUUCGCCGCUUGGGAGGAGGCAGAGCGGCUCUACAUCCAGACCGAGCUGUGCUGCACGAGUCUGCUGCUGCACGCCGAGACCCAGCCCACGACGGCAGGUGAGCAGUGUGCGUGGGAUUACCUGUGUGACCUGCUGCUAGCUCUGAGUCACCUGCACUCGCAAGGGUUUGCCCACCUUGACCUUAAACCAGCCAACGUGUUUCUGACUCGCUCUGGCCGACUCAAGUUAGGGGACUUCGGCUUGCUGCUGGAGCUGGAGCGAGGGACGGAGAAGGAGCGAGUGAUGGCGCGAGAGAAGAAGGAGAAGGACGAUGCACAGGAAGGAGAUCCACGCUACAUGGCUCCUGAGCUGCUCAGGGGCGAAUACGGAGCCGCAGCAGACGUCUUCAGCCUGGGCGUGUCCAUCCUGGAGCUGGCAUGUAGUAUUGAGGUUCCUAAAGGAGGAGAGGGGUGGCAGCAACUCAGAAAGGGCUACUUACCUUCAGAAUUUACUAACGCCCUGUCACCGGAGCUGCAGCGUGUCCUCAGGCUGAUGUUAGCUCCAGAGCCCAGAGACAGAGCAACAGUGGAGCAGCUCCUGUCUCUGCCUUCCGUCCGCAAACACAGAUGGAGACGCCAACUCUCCCUCCGUCUCCGAGAGAGCUGGAUGUCUCUACUCACCUUCGGCCAGUCUGUCUUCUCUGCACUCUUCAGCCUGCUCUUGUCCCUAAAUCUUCCCUUGAUUCCUCGCUGUGACCCCCCUGCACCCCGUACGCCCCCUCGGGAUCCCUGGGAAGUAGACGGUGACCUCAGCGCCCUGCAGCACAGCAGCGCUCUCUCUGACUCAGCCAGUGAUGAUCCGCUGUUUGUGCCAGGAACGCUGAGGCUCGAACACUCACCUUGUUCAUUCACGGACAGACUCCAGGACAGAUUCUCAGUAGGAAGCACCUCCACGCCGCUCUUGACCUGCAGUCCUACACACACUCCCUCACACAACUCUUUACACACCUCCUUACACACUCCCUCACACACCUCCUUAAACACACCCUCGCCCAGGCUCAGUCCGAUCUGCCUGAGUUCCGUGAAACACUCUGAACGCAGCUUCGAGCCCAAAAACCUGCUCGCACUCUUCGACGAAGCUUCUCUAGAGAGCGAACCGUAACAAGACAAUGCGUUGUAUUUAGUUACUGUAAACAUUCAGAAAAAUGUUGUAAAGACUUCACACAUUUUCAGCUUUCUGGCAUUUUAGACUUCAUUUGCUGUUUUUUUUUCUUUUUAAAGACUUUAAAAGAUUAAGAUGUAUUCUGUAUUGUAUUAUAUGUCAGAAUGGUGAAUUGCAUCUAAUGUUGCUGGGUUUUUUUAAACUCUAAAUGUGGACUUUUGUGAUGAUU